GUUAGCCAAUCAGAGAACAGGAGGCGGGAGCUGUCUAAACAUCGCAAGGGUAAUCAUAACUCUUCCGUGAGAAUACUUUUCACAACUUCAGACAGCUUCUCUCUCACAUUUCACUUUCCCAGCAGUGCGAUCGGGAGGCAUGGCUUACCCUUAUGGCGGAUAUGGUGGUCAGAUGCCAGGGGGCCCGAUGGGCGGCCCUCCCCCGGGAUCUUUCCCACCCCAGUAUGGCGCCUACCCUGGCACCUUUGCUGCACCCUCUGCCCAAGACCCCAUGUGGGGUUACUUCACAGCCAUAGCUGGCCAGGAUGGUGAGGUGGAUGCUGAGGAGCUCCAGAGGUGUUUAACACAGACUGGCAUCAGUGGCACUUAUGCUCCCUUCAGUUUGGAGACAUGCAGGAUUAUGAUUGCCAUGCUGGAUAGAGAUUAUUCAGGUAAGAUGGGCUUCAGUGAGUUCAAGGAGCUGUUUGCUGCACUGAAUGGCUGGAAGCAGAACUUCAUGAUGGUGGACCGAGACAACAGCGGCAGUGUGGAACCUCAUGAGUUGUCUCAGUGCAUUAAUAAUAUGGGGUACAGAGUGAGCCCUCAGGCUUUGGGGUGCAUCAUCAAACGCUUUAGUCGAGGAGGCAGGAUCUAUUUCGAUGACUAUGUGGCCUGCUGUGUGAAACUCAGGGCUCUAACAGAGAAUUUCAGGAUGAGGGAUGUUAUGCAACAAGGAACUGUGAACUUCCGUUAUGAUGAUUUCAUCUUGUGCACCAUGUCUAUCUGAGGACGACUGGACAGACUUCCUGAUUUAUGGAGGAACAGAAGUAUAAUAGUGUGUAUAUAUAACCUAUAAUAUAUGUAGCCUCUGGCUAGUAUAAUAUACAGUGGAUAUAAGAAGUCUACUCACCUUUGUUAAAAUGGCAGGUUUUUGUGAAGUAAAAAAAUGAAACUAAGAUAAAUCAUGUCAGAACUUUUUCCACCCUCAAUGUGAAAUUACAAUGUAUACAAAUUAAUUGAAAAACAAUCAGAAACAUUUUAGGGAAAAAUUGGAAAAAUAAAAAAAGUUACAAUAAUCUGGUUGCAUAAGUGUGCACACCAUUUUAUAAUCUCGUGUUCAAAAGUAAUUAUUAUACAGUUAUCAUCAAUGAAAUUAUUCUGAUUAACCCCAAAUAGAGAUCAGAUGUUUCUGUAGGAUUUUCUUGACCUCUCCUUGGUUUGACCUCUCCUUCUGACUGCUGAAGCCAUGGUCCACAAAGAGCUUACAAAGCAUGUACAGUGUCUCACUUGUGGAAAGAUAUCAAUCACUAGAGGGAUAUAAAAGAAUUUCCAAAAUAUUAGAUGUACCAUGGAACACCGUGAAGGCCAUCAUCAACAAAUAGAGAAAAUGGGGCACCACAGUGACAUUACUGAGAACAAGACGUCCCUCCAAAAUUUAUAAAAGGACAAGACAAAAACUUAACAGCGAGGCUGCAAAGAGACCAACGGCAACAUUAAAGGAGCUGCAGGAAUAUCUGAAAAGUAUUGAUUACUCUCUGUAUAUGACAACAAUCUCUCAUAUUCUUCACAUGUCUGAGCUAUGGGGUAGGGUGGCUAGAUGGAAGCCCUUUCUCACAAAAAACAUCCAAGCCCGACUAAAUCACCCCAAACCAUGUGGCAAAAUGUGUUAUGCUCUGAGAAGACAAAUUCCAAAAGGUGUAAUAAUUCCAUAAUUCCAAAAGGUAUGUUUGGUGGGGGGAAAAAAAAAGCACAUCACCAAAAGAACACCAUACCCACGGUAAAGCAUGGUGGUGGCAGCAUCAUGCUUUAGGGCUGCUUUUCUUCAGCCGGAACUGCGGGUAUUUAUCAAGAUGGAGUGAAUAAUGAAUAACUUUCAGGUGUCUGUUAGUAAGCUGAAGAUGAAAAGGAAUUUCACCUUUCACUAUGACAAUGACCCAAAUCAUACAUCCAAAUCACCAAAGGCUUAACCAAAAGAAGAUCAAUGUUUCUGAAUGGCCUAGCCAGAGCCCAGACCUGAAUCCUACUAAAAAUCUGAAGCAGGCUGUGCACAGGAGAUGCCCUUACAAAUUGAUGGAUCUAGAAUGUUUUUACAAGAAAGAGUGGGAAAAUAUUGUCAAGUCAAGAUGUGCCAUGCUGAUAGACUCUUACCCAAAAAAGUCUGAGUAAUGUAAUAAAAUUAAAAGGUGCUUCCACAAAGUAUUAGUUUAGGGGUGUGCACACUUAUGCGACUAGCUUAUUGUAAGUUUUUUCUUUUUUGCUAUAAAGGUUUCUGAUUGUUCUUCACUUUAUUUGUAUACUUUGCAUUUGCACAGUAAAGGUGGGAAAAGUUCUGACAUGAUAUAUCUUAGUGUCAUUCUUUUACAUCACAAAAACCUGCCAUUUUAACAGAGGCGUGUAGACUUUACGUAUAUAUAUAUAUUCUAAAAUGUGCCACUUUUUUUUUAUGAAUUAGGAGAUUUGUUCAUUGGUCAGUGAAAAGCGUUUUCUGAUGUAAAGCCAUUUGUUGGCAGCUUCUUUAUAAAAGGACAGACCACAUCAAAUAGCUUUUUUUAUUUUUUGCCAACAUAAUAUUCAUUUAACUUGUUAUCCAGUUUUGACACCAACAGUCACUCAUUUUGUUAAUAAAUUAACAUUUUAAACUGG